AUGGAUGAAAUCUAUCCGUUCAUACCUUUACCAAAAACUCCUUCGGUACGUUCACGUCCGCCAUCAACUGAUGGUUCAUCAAGGAGUAUGAAUAGAUUAGGUCGUGAUGUUAUUCAACAUUCUCUCUUGUAUUGUCUUGAAAAAGGUUAUUUUUGUUUAAUUCGUUAUUUACUGGAUUCAAGUAUAUGCGAUGCAAGAGAACGCGAUAGUGAAGGUCGAACUGGUCUGAUCUAUUGUUGUUUUAUCGAUGAUGACUGUUGGGCACGAAAUACAGCCAUGACAUUACUUGAAAAAGGUGCUCAAAUAGCUGAUCAAGAUCAAUAUGGACUUAAUGCAUUGCAUUAUGCUAUAAUAACUCAACGAACAAUUCUUAUACGAUUAUAUCUCGAUUCAAUUGAUUUUGAUUUAAAUCAAUCAGCAGAUAUACAUGGUAAUACAUGUUUACAUUAUGCUUGUUCAACUGGUAAUGUUAAUAUUCUUCGAACUAUUUUAAAUGCAAUGAAACAUUAUUCAAUUGAUUUAACAAUUAAAAAUCAUGCUGGUUUAACUGCAUAUGAUUUAGCAUGUCAAUUAGAUUGUCAACGAUGUCAAAAUUUAUUACGAAAUGAAAUGACAUUACAAGAACGUGCAAAUCUACGAAAACCAUUAAUUAAGCCAAUGAGAAUAGAUCGACGUCUUUCAAUAUCAGAUCAAAUACAUUCAUUAACAUCACCGUCACCUAGUGAUAAUUCAGUUGUAUCUGUUCCUUUCUAUGUAUCAAGUUCAACAAAUCUACGUAAACGUCAUGAUAGUACAUAUACACUUAAGAAUGAAAAUUAUCGUUAUCCAUCAGCAAAAUUAAUAAAUCCAAUUGAAUUACGUACAAUGACAUUUAAACGUAAUGAGCAUCUUGAUGCAUUACUUGUUAAACAUGUUAAAAAUCGUGCUGAUUUAGCACCAUCAAUAUUUUCAAGUGCAAGUGAAGUUUUUAAUUCAUCAUCUAUAUUUACAAGUCCAAGUGAUAUUUUUAAUUCACCAUCAACAUCAUCAUGGCGUGAAGAUGUACCAAAAAUUUUCGAUCAAUUACAAAUCUUAAGAUCACGUUCAUAUAAAAAAACUGUUCAUCCACCUUUAAGUAGAGAAAUAUCACAUGAUUUGAUUGAACGUAUGUCUCGUAUGAGUGAAUUUGAUCGUAGUAGAUCUCAAACGAUAUCAGUACAACAAAUGCCAACAGAUGGAUUACAAAAAGUUGUUCGAAAACAACGAACGAAUUUAGCUAGUGUUAGAGCAUUUAGUAGAACAAAAAAGACUUGA